AUGAGCGAUGUCCUCAGCACCAUCUACGCUGAGAGGAGCUUUGAGCAAUCACCUCUGGACCUAUCCAGCAUGCUCGAGAAGAUUCAGUCAAGGCUUACAAAGUGGCGUCAGUCUCUACCACAUCAUCUAGAUUUAGACCCAUUGAAACCAGGUAGCACGUUUCCGCCGCCCCAUGUUUUGAGUCUGCACGCCAUGUAUCAUGUGCUUGUGAUAUUGCUCCAUCGACCUUUCGUCGCUGAUGGGCACCUGUACUCGGCACUUCGAGCCGUCUCUGUCAACUCAUUUCUUGCCUGUGCGAAAGCUGCCUCGAGCAUUGUCGGGCUCCUACGCGCAUACGAUACAGCGUUUUCAGUCAGCAGGGCACCAUAUCUAAUUUCCUAUGCAACAUAUGUCGCAGCUACUAUACAUGUGCGAAUUGCUGCCAAGAGACGCCACGAUUCGACCAUUUUCAGCAACCUGGAGACUUGUCUGGCAGUUUUUAAUGAAAAUGAAUCUACCAACUGGGCAGUAAAGAGGGCAAACACGGUCAUCAGAAGCCUCAUGAAGCGGAUGGACGUUGUUGUAGAUGAGGGUGAUGACGGCCCACACAUUCAUAUCGGCGCCAGACGGGCUACAAACCCAUCGCACGACCGAGAUGAUGAUUCAGCAGCGCUGUUGCAAUCGCCUUUGGGCCUAGAUGAAAACGGGUAG